AUGCGGAGCGACAGUUGCGCCACGUGUGUGUCCUGUGUAGCACAGAGCUCCUCGACCAGCUUAAUCUGCUGCGCCUGCUCGUACAUAGCGCGGAACGGGGUGUUCUUCGCCGGUGCCGUACCGCCCGUGAGGCGCCGUAGCACAGGUGACGCCACGACCUCCUCCAUUGGCACGACAUCUGGGGCUGUUGUGAUGAGAUUUGUGAUGUCCAUGACCGUUUCGAGUAACUGCAUGCACGGCGUGCCGAAGCGGAACUUCAGGGACGGCUCCAGCACCACCUCCACCUGUGCUGCGCUGUCUGGCGCCGUCUGCAAAUCGCAGCGUAUCAUCGUGGCGCUGAGGAUGAGGUUGUCCGGCUCCCUUGCAUCGCGACAGUACGGGUGCUCGAGCAUCAUCGUCACCCGCGUUUGCACUGCACGCAUGUGCAGCGUUACCACGGCGGUACGGAACGCCAACGUGAAGCGUGGCGUCGGCAGCGGCUGUUGUGUCGCUGGGUCGUCCUCGAAUAUGACGAUACCGAGCUCCUGA